AUGCUGGACCAUGGUGAGAAAGAGUGUGGCCUUUACACAGGGGAGAAAAGGGACGAUACUGAUAAACCAUAUGGACUAUGGUUUCAGCAAUAUGUUUUCGGCCCCGAUUAUCGCAAACCCAAAGAGCGGCGUUUUGGUCUGCCUUCCUCGGAGGGGUGGUCAAUCCCUGCGCCGAUGGAGGUGGAAGACAGUGAGACAUAUGCCAGUGUGGAACUUGCACAUGAGGACGAUAGGGCUGAAGUGGUGGAGCCGACUGGGUCGGCAAAUCAUGCAUUAAUUGCAUGCGACCUCAGUAGCGGAAUUCAUGUGGUAGAUGGCAUCCUAGAAAAGGAAACAAGAUCGGAGACUUAUAUUCCAGACCUAAAUGGCCCGCCAGAUUUUGUGGUUGUUUUGGAAGGUGCUUCUGUGGGUAUAAAUAUUGCCUUAAUUGAGCAAGAAAAUCACAGCUGCUGUCAUUGGCGCACAAUUGACUUUGGGGCCAUUAAGUAG